GCCGCCCGCCCGGGAGGAGGGGAGCCGAGGGGCGGGCUCUCGCGGCGGCGGCCGGGCUCCUCCCCGCGCCGAGCCUCCGCCGCCCGCGCCCGCGCCCUCCGCGGCCAUGCCCGGGCCCUAGCGCCCGCGCCCGCGCCCGCGCCUCUUCCAUGGGCAACCUGCUCGGCGGGGGCAGCCUCCGCGAGCCCAGCACCGUGGAGGACUGCGACUCCACCUGGCAGACGGACUCGGAGCCCGAGCCCGAGCCCGAGGAGCCGGCGCCCGGCGGCGGGGCGGGCCCGGGGCAGGAGCCCGCGCAGCCCGAGCAGCCCCCGGAGCGCGCCGGCGGCCGGCCCCGCGCCAGCCCCGCGCCGGACGAGGACGCCGCUGCGGCGGGCGCCGAGCAGGGUGGUGAUUCCACUGAAGCAACUGCCAAACCAAAGAGAAGUUUUUAUGCUGCGAGGGAUUUGUACAAAUACCGACACCAGUACCCACAGAACUUCAAAGAUAUCCGAUAUCAAAAUGACCUGAGCAAUCUUCGUUUUUACAAGAAUAAAAUUCCAUUUAAGCCAGAUGGGGUUUACAUCGAAGAGGUUCUAAACAAGUGGAAAGGAGACUUCGAGAAGCUGGAGCACAGCCACACUUACAUCCAAUGGCUCUUCCCCCUGAGAGAACAAGGCUUGAACUUUUACGCUAAAGAACUAACUACAUAUGAAAUUGAGGAAUUCAAAAAAACAAAAGAAGCAAUUAGAAGAUUCCUCCUGGCUUAUAAAAUGAUGUUAGAAUUUUUUGGAAUAAAACUGACGGAUAAAACUGGAAAUGUCGCUCGGGCUGCCAACUGGCAGGAGAGGUUUCAGCAUCUGAAUGAGUCCCAGCACAACUACUUGCGAAUCACCCGUAUUCUUAAAAGCCUUGGUGAGCUUGGAUAUGAAAGUUUUAAAUCUCCUCUUGUAAAAUUUAUUCUUCAUGAAGCUCUUGUGGAAAACACUAUCCCCAAUAUUAAGCAGAGUGCUCUGGAGUAUUUUGUUUAUACGAUUAGAGACAGAAGAGAAAGGAGAAAGCUGCUCCGCUUCGCGCAGAAGCAUUACACGCCUUCGGAGAAUUUCAUCUGGGGCCCGCCCAGGAAGGAGCCGGCGGACGGGGCCCGAGCGCAGAGGCCGGCUGCGCCCCCCGCCGGGCCCGGUGGCCAGACCCCGGUGCACAAAAGACCCAAGGACUCCAGAAGUGCCUCCUCAGCUGCUCCCGGCGGUGGCAAAACAGCCGAGGAGAAAAUAGGGGCGCCUCGGGAGGCGGGAGAAGAGGCAGGCAGGCCGGGCGCGGAGCCCGGCGGCGGGGAUGCGCGGCCGGGGAGCGCGGAGGAGGAGCGGAAGGCCGAAAACGCGAGUUCUCCCCCAGAAAAAACAGUUAGUAAUCCCGCAGAGACGAAGGAGACCGCGUCUCCUCCCGAAAAAGCUGAGGAAGGUGAGAAUUACAGCCAAGAUGGUGAAGAUCCUGGAAAUACAGGUUCCGGUGAUGAGGUUCCGUCACCGUGAGUUGUCAGGAAACCCACGCACCAGGUUAGGGAAGGAGGGAGAGCUCCCCGAUGUACCCUGAAGAACAGAGAGGAGCCCGCGCUUCAGCCGUCUGUCUGUGAUUUCUGUUGUAAGCGUUUUGUUAUUUGCUUUUUGUUUUGGAUGACAAUUUAAUAUUUAAUACGAAGUUUUAAGGCGAGACCCAAUGAAUGAAUGUACUGUGUAACACUUUUAGGAUAUGAGUUUUCAAAUUCUGUACACAAUAAUUACUUUAAAAUUGUUUUCAAUGUAUCUGGAAAUAAUCAUGUAGUAUUUGGUAUAUCAAAUAAAUUCUUUUGCGAGAUUAACAGCCCACGUGAAGAUGAUCAAUAGGAUGGUGUCAUUGUGUGACCACACCUUUACCCGAUUGAUGGAUUAAUUGUUUUAAGCUGGAAGAAAGAAUUUGGUCUUCUCAUACGUGUUCAGGAAGUAAUGUAGAUUUUUUUUCAUCGCAAACCCUCACCAUGUUUGUUUUUAAGUUCUGACAAGUGAAAUGAAGUUCCUGAGGAGCGGUGAUCCCCCAGCCCGCCUGUCAGCCUGCUCGCUUUUCCUCUCUCCCUCUCCUCCUGUGCCCCCUGCCAUCUUUGUUACAAGCUGGCACGUGCAUUUCUAGUGUCCAUGCACAUCAUCUGUAUUGAAAUUUAAAUAGAACGGAGGCGGACUUUCAACUGCAUGACUCCGACAAUUUGCUUUGUUUAAAAUGAUAAAAAUGUUUUUCUGUAGUAAGUGCUUAAAAACAAAUUUUGAUGCAAAAGUCCAAGAAAAGACUUUUACUUUCUGUGGCUGUUCCAUAUAAAUUUGGUGCUUGUUUCUGAAUGCAAAUGAGUGUGAAGAAUUAAAAAAAUAAGAAAGGAAGUUACUCAUUUUUCAAAGGCGUGCCUCUUGCACUGGAAACAAGUCAGUGGUUCCUAAAACUGUGAAUAUCUCUGUGUUAUGUGGCCUAUGAAAUCAAUAAUAUUGCUUAGUCCAUGGCAUAUCUUUUUUUUGGAAAAUACAAUUUGAUGCAUCUCUAAGUUGUCAAAACAUGAAAUUAAGAACAAAUUUGAAAUUACAUAUACUGAGUGUUAGUAAGCGCUUAAUGUGUUAAUGUUGGUUAAGAGCAAAUAAUUUUAUUCCCAGUAUAAUAUAAUAUUAUUACUAAUUAUUAUUACACAUCAGAAAAGCAAUCAGGAACAUGGUAGUGAGAACUUUGAAGCAUAUGCAUAAAUAUAGUUAAGGAAAUUAAUAGAAAAAAACUUCACUGUGUUUCAUUUGGAAAGGAAUUGGCUUUUGUGUGUCUCUGAGGCUUUUACGAAAAGUUCUAUUCACUUUGACCACCAGAGAAUUUUUACUAGGUCCUAGGUUUUAAUCACAUCCUAUCAUCUUCUAUGACCAUUAUUGAUCAGAGGAUUUUCAGCAGAGGAUUUCUAGAAAAUAAAUACACUGAUAGUGUGUCUUUAGAAAUAUAAUAUCAUUGCUUUGAAAUUUACAUAAACCGUCACAGUUGCUCACACCUGACUUUUUAAUAUAAAUGUUAGUAACACUCGUGUUGUGUGUCAUAUUCCAAUAAAUACAUUAUAGAACAUUUUGUCACUUUUAGUUCCCAUAAUAUGCCAAAUUUGGCUUUCCACUGUUUUGUGAAAUGAGCAUUAGGAUUUGGGGAAACAAUACUGCUUUUCAUUUCAAUUUCUUUUUUCUGUGGACCCGCUAAUGUGGGGCUUGUAUCAGCGUCCCCAUAGAGCUCAAUAAACACUUCCACAGGGUUAGGGCAUGAGAGGAGGUUGUCACAGUAGGCCCAAUUGUAGGAAUACAAUUAAUUUAAUUCAAACUAUCUUACUAAUUUUGCAUAUAUGAUAAAGUGUUGAGACUGAUUUCUAAGUGCAUAAAUAGUAAAAAUUAAAAACUCAGCGCAGAUCUUAAAAUAUUGCUACACAGUGGACAGAUACUAAAAUAAACAGAUAUAAUAUGAAUUACUUAGAGAUUGUAGUUUGUCAGAGCCCCUAGAAGUAAAAUCAUUUUGUUCAACAAUUUAACUUUUAGAUUAUUCCUAAUUGUGGGUUUGAUUAGAUUGUGCCACUGGAUUUGAGAAAAUUUAGUCUCAAGGGUAAAGCUGCCUGCUUCCAUUUAAAACAGUGGCCUUUCCCACCAUGUUGUUUUUUAAAUGCAUGUUCACAUGUAACAGUGUGGUUCCUACAUGUAAAUAACUUAUGAGAGAAUUAUUCAGUGGAGAAAAAGGGAGAGAGGAAGUCAUUCCUUUUGCAGAUAAAAAUUAUGAGUGUCUAUAUUUUUUUCUAUUAAGAAUACUUUGUACAUUUAAUAGUUUUUAAAAUAAGAUCUAUAGAUAUGUAUUUCUGUGUGUCUUAGAUAUGAAGCAGUCCCCUGGGUUUGACUCUGAUGUCUUGUGUUUUUAAAAAUUACAGUAUGCUUGCAGAAAUUUACUGAGAAGCUGUUAUUAAAAUGUGGUGAAGCAUGGCCAAAUAGCUAGAAACAUUAUCGAAUCUUUGCAAAUCUAUAGACUUUAUUGUUGUACCAUGGCCUGCAAGAAUACUAAAUAUUGGCUAUUGAUAAAAUAUUAACUUGCAUUUCACGGCAAAUAGAUGUUAUAUGUACAUUUCUAAUGUUUUGUGCUUUCAUAUCUCUAAGGAGAUAAUAUAUGUGAAAAUAUUUUGAAAUACUGUAAAGUGAUAUAUAAUUAUAAGGUAUAUUUCUGUACACGACAGAGAAAAGUUUAACAUUAAGAAUACCGUUCCAUUAUACAUUUUCACGCUCAAUCUCAUAGGAAACUCAAAAGAAUCAUGAUAGGAGUGAAAAUAUAUCUGCUUUCUCUAAAUCAAGUCUAAGUUCUCAGUUCAGAGAUUAUUUCAUAUAGUUCUAUUUUGAAUUUAGGUUUUUGAGACCCUCUUUCUCAGCUUCAAGGAUGAAAAUAAAACUUAGUACUCAGGAGUUUCUAGAGAAGUUCUACAAUUUUUUGCUAAGUAUAAAAAAUAUAAACAUGAAAAUGAUAUAAUAUAUAUCAUAGUCAUUAUAUUUCAUAUUUUGUCAUAUAAAAUUAUCUAUUCUGCAUCUAGCUUUUAUACUUUAAGUGAAAGUAUGAACUGGGGAAAAGGGAAAAACAGCGCAGUGUUACAUCUGUUACUCUUUAAAAAUCAUUUUACUAAGUACCUUCGAUAUCAAGUGGUCAAAAAUUGGUUGAACGGAUGGAUAGAGAAUAUUUGGUUAAUUGUUUAUGGUUUCCCAAGUUUACAGUAGAGAUAUGGUUGAGUUUACAAUCCACUGAGUAACCAAAUCAGGCAGGUUUUGGGUCUUUCUAUAAUUGACGCUAUUCUGAAAGCUUUAUUUUCUCACCUGAGAAAAGGAGGACGUUCUUGAUCAUGCUCUCUUGUAGUUACAUCUGCGGGUCUGUCAUGUCUCUUUGGGGGUGAGUGGGGAUCCUUUGUUAUAGGAAUAGUUUUGAAGAUUUCUCUUUUGUUCCCCACUUGGAAAGUUCCCCUUGCUCUUUUGGGAUUUGUGUUAAAUAUAAGGUAGGCUGGUAUUUGACGUGCUAGAAUCAUUUCAAAUGUAGGUGCCGCUGUAGAGAAAGCUGUAGGAUCUAGAAGUUAGUGUGCAUAAACUGACUUCUUCCCACUUUGAGUUCUGUGCUAUCUGUGAUAUGGACAGAUGUGUGGGGUGAUCUCAGUGACCGUGAGCCCCUGCCUCCCUCCCUGCUCUUGUCCUUCAGUCCACCCAGCAGGUUGUCUUCGAGGACAGACCGUCUAUGUAGAAAUCCCUUAUUAGUGAGGUUAAUAAUAAUGUAAAUAUGAAUGCCUGAAGGUAUCUAGAUGUGCCUUAACUAAUGUAAAUGGUUUUCAUUCAGAAGUUUCCAUUUUUAUUCCAUCAUAAAAUCUUGCCAUAACAAACUUUUCAAACCAUGGAUGUCGUUACUUUAGUGAAAUUUACUUUGGUGCUUUUUUGUUUUGGAAAAAUUUCUGUUUGUGACAACAGCAUCACUUCAAAAGGAAAUGUACUUGGCACAAUGUUCAACAGUAUAUUUAGUAUAUUUGGCAAAAAGUAUUUAGAGUAAGAAGGAUGAACUACAUUGUUUGUUAGAUUUAUUUACGCUUUUGCUUAAUUUUGCUACAUGCUGUAAUUUUUAUCUUAAACAUUUUUCAGUUGCUACAAGUAAUAUUUCUCUGUUUUACUUCGUGUUCUUAGAUGCAGAUGGAUGCAGAAAAUGGAGUUCUAUUAGAGAAAUUAUUUAAAAGUUUAGUUCCAGCAGAUGGUUGAAGGAAUCUGAAAUUAAUUAGAAAACUUUUAUGCCAUAGUCUUAUUAGACACAUUUCAAAAGCACUGUUCUUGCUUUUUUUCUUAGAUUAGAGACAAUGUUGUCAUCUUAUACUGUUAUCCUGUUCUGUUGAGAAGCUUAUUCUUUUGGUUGUUUGUGAGGAGUUGCUUCUUAAUAUGUUUGUUUUCUUGAAUUAGAGUUUUUAUCUGGAGGAUACAAUUAAAUACUUUGUUUAAUUGCCCAGAAUCUGCCUGGAAGUAGAGUUCAGAGAGGGAGAGGUGACUAGGAAUCAGUGGGCAUCUGGGUGAAGUGGAGCCAGCGCCGGCUCCACCCUCUCCAAUAGCGUGACGGGUCCUCAGAGUGUCCUCUGGAUAAUUAGAGGUUGGGCUCCAUGAUCUCUGACUUCUGGGCAAGGUGUGCCACCUUGGACCCCACAAUUUUAACGGGUGUCAAUUUUCAUAAAAUAUGUUAUAAUUUAUUAGCCACCAUUUUAUAAUUGUUUAGGAAAUUGUGAGCAAUUGGGCACCUGCUGUGUCAAUUAGAGCUGUAUCUUUAUAACUAUCUUGGGAAACAUAUUGAAAUAAUAAUCCCCCACCCCCAGUUCUUUAACCAAAAAUUCUUUUCGGUUGUUCCUUUAUAGGUAUGUGUAGAAAGGUCUUUGCAUAAAAUGAUUCGGUAUACUUUGAAAAUUGAGUAAAGGAGAAAAGAUGUCAAUGCUCACUUGUUAUGCUAAAAGAUUUUUUAAGUCAGAGACCUUAUGAAAAUAUAUUUAAGCUAUGAAAUUUAUCAUAUUUUCAUAUUUAAAUUAUGGAGUUUGUGGAACAGUUUACGUUAACUAGAGAGAGUAAUUAUAUAAUAAGCUUUGGUUAAGAAAUAUUCGAGUUCUGUACUUAUUUGUCAAAUGAGCAUUUUUUUCACUAUUGAUGGAUUUAGUUUCAUGUGAAGAAGAGGAAAACACAAACGAAAGAAAAGAUUUGAAACAGUAAGAAGAAACUCAUUACAGGAAUAAAGAUAUAACCAAUGAUAGGUUUGUGUAAGUGCCAGAAUUAUUGAAGCAGAUGAGGAAUGCUCUACAAAAGCCUAUGGUGGGGACAUGCUUUAAGAAUCAGCUCCGUGUUAUUUGUACUCAGAUCAGGUAUUGGUGUGGAAACAGAAUCCCAUUAAUGCUCUGCUCUGAACCAUGAAUUCCACCUACACCACAGUGAAACCUUCCAGUAGACAGAAGUCAUCAGAUGAGCAGAGACCAAAUUUAAUUCCUUUGCUGGUGUGUCUCAGCAGUUGGUGGUUUUACUAACAAAAGAAACUGAGGGACUGGCUGCAGAAAGAGAAGACUCAGUGACAGGUGUUUAUAAAUAGUCACCAUCUCCCAUGUCAUGAAGAGUUGACAGCAUAUUAACUGUGGUGUUACACUUAAGAGAAUCAAACAAGAGCGAAGUGUUAGGAUCUUUGACAAGCAUUUUUAUCCCUUUUUAUAGAAAGGAUGUUUACUUGUUGCCUAAGUAAGAUAUUGGCUCUUUAGUUGCCUAAGGAGAUAGAUGGCAGACUGAGUCUAUUCACUACUUCAUUGGAGAGCCUCUUGUGUCCUUUGCGUUUUAAGUAUUUCAGGAAAAUGGGUAAGAGUCUUACAAAGAUGUGUAUUUUACUUCCCACAUGGAGUCUGACUCUCCCGUGGCCGCGGAGCCUUCCCUGUGCUCUGUAUUCUACCGCAGUGUGAAUUACAGAAUGCUGUGCAUGUCUGUCAGCACCAAUACCAUGUGUAUGUGGUAGGAGUUGUAACCAGUUUCUGGAUCUGUAUGGUACUAUGAAACACUCAUAAUUCUGUAACUGUAUGGCAGUGUUAUGCCAAAAAUGUAUAAAGAGCAAUAGUUACUGUUGCUUACUGCUGUAUUUUAAAAUUGUUUCUAAAAUAAUAUAUUUAGAGUUCCUUUAGAGUAAUUAUUUUUAAUAACUAUUGGCAAACAUACAUCCUGUAAGACGAAUGAAAGCCACUUCAUCUUCGUUAACAUUUUAGCAUUGUGUUAGUAUACAUUAUGUUGAUUUUGCAUGAUUAAAAUAUUUUUAAAGAGCUGGAACAAAUGACUUGCUGUUUUCCUAUGAUUAGACACAUAUUUUUUAUAAUUAUCAUUUGAGAUUAACAUCAUUUCCUUUUAUCCUCUAAAAUAAAUAUUUUAUUUUGAA